UUUGAAAACAACAACAAAACCUAACUUAAACUGUAGCGACAUUCCCCUGCGUUAAUAAAUGGUUAUGGAUUGGAUAUCAUUAAGAGGCAUAAAUCUGUUUAAAUUAUAACUAAACCCCAGCAAUACAGUUUAUAGUGGUAGCAGCUACAAAUGGAAUCUUUCCGAAGGUUGAAAAGAAACAGAGGGGAAGUUCCUACUGGGAACAGAACGGUAAGAAGACCAGUGGGUUUCGAGGUGGUGGAUAUGGAUUCGUUGCUGCUGCUGCUGCUAUUGUUUUACAAAGAAUCACACACUGAGAAAGUACAAUUUGUAAUGAAUACAAUGAAAAGCCUGUCUGUAGAAAGAAUUUAAAGACAAACCUCAAUGUUGUUGGUCCCAGUAGUCCUGCCUCAUAAAAUUAAAGAUUAGAACUAAGUCUCGGAAUGUACUAGCUUUUCUUUGCUCAUUAAGAUGAAGGGGUUUCACAGCUAUAAUGAAGGGCAAUGAGAAAUCGUCUUUGAGUUAAUCUAAAGAGAGAGUAUCCAAGCGGGCCCAAGUUAACCUCACAAGCCCUGUAAUUCUUGCUUUAGUCUGUUGGAAACAAGACAGUGUGGGAGGCCCAUGGCAUGGUCUUUAUGAUGGGGAGCCGGAGGUGGGUUCUAGGAGCUGAGCCACAGCCACCAGAGAACAAGGCUCAGGCCUGAGAGGCCAGAGAAGUGAGUUACACCAAUAACCUAAGUGAGCUUGGAAGAGGAUGCCCACACAGCUUGAUGAGACAGCAGUACUGGCUCCCACCGUUGUGUCUGGGAAAGAGGAACCCUGAGCAGAGGGCAUGAAGAGCCCAUGCUUAGUUUUGGACCCAGAGAGGCUGAAGUGACUAAGGGUUGGUGUUCAUUAGGAAACUGAGUGUGCGGUGCUUGCAGACCUAAGCUGGAAAUUAAUGUAUGUGUCAUGUCUUGUAACAACGUAGUGUCAAAUGGACAGAGUAAUACCCAACGAUCAGAAAGGUCCAGCUGUUGUAUUAAUGCCCUGCACUCUCUUGCAGCACCAUUGGAAAACUCUAACUCACCUGGCAGCAUGGUACAAGAAAUUUCAAGUACAAUGACUCAUCUCCGGACCCUGCAGUCCACUAUGAAGUGGCACCAAGUGGAGUUUGAAGCUGAAAUGCUAAUGGAUGCAUACUCAGGCCUGUUAAGUGAUCAAUCCAUUAUCUUGUCCAUGAACUCUAGUUUCGUUGAUCCGCUGCUGCAGUUUGAGUCACAGUUGGGGAUAUUAGAGUUAUCUUUCAGAAGUGUAUUUUCCUUGCCAGAUCUUAGCACAGUGCAAGCAUUGGGGAAAAACUCCGAGAACGCCCAGGACCUGGAGAAUUUAUAUGAAAGUAUUUUCAACAUGUAUGAAGAUACUCUUAUUAUUUUAGUGUCUAAAGAUUUCUACAAGAUACAUAUCUUAAAGGAAAUGGCCAUGUGGAUAAAUCAGAAUAAACAGUACCUGCAAGAACGAGCCAUGACGAUCAUCACCAGAGUGCUAAUCUUUGCAGCCAAGAGAGUCAGGAAAUAUCCAAGCAUCGAUGUCCCGUGUUUAGGUCUCCUGGUAGCAGAGCUCUCACUCCUGUGUUCCCACAAAAAACCCUCAGUCGUACAGCUAGCAACCACAGGGAUGAAUUACGUCCUCUACAUUGGAAUAUGUCAGAACUCUAACAUUGAAAAACACAGGUCAAGUUUUGGAGAAACCGAUAACCCCAGGGUGAUAGCUUCUGAAUUUGAAUUACUACCCAAGGACAUACAAGGAGACAGAAACAAAAUUGCCAAGAGUGUGGGACAAAUACUACUACCCACCUUUCUGACUGACUUUGUGUGGACCCUCCUGAAGAAACUUUCCUCUCCUGAUGAUGAGACAGCCUCGGAGGCCGCGUCCUUACUGACGCUGACUUUGGAAUAUCAUGCUCAGAAGAUCACCAUGGUGUCUAAAAUUGUGGACGACAUUUAUGAGCAGCUCACUUGGAAUUCUUCCCACACCAUGAAGGAUGUCUUGCUGCGAGUCAUCAGCCUGCUGAUAAGAGCAUCCCCUAAGAAGGUGAUCUUUCAACUCAUGGAGUUCCCAGUCCCUGCAGACAAGGCUCUGCUUCUGAUGUGGCAAGCGGCGAGCACCGAGUCAAGUGUUGCGCCCCAAGUGCUGAAGACGAUCUUGUCGAUACUGAAAGGAAAGCCUGGGGAGUUGGAGGAAACCCUGGUAGAAAGAAGGCGCUUCUCCCUGGAUGCCACCAACUUGAUGCCUGUGGCGGCAUCCCAGGCCCUGUGCACAUUUCUACCUGUGAAUUCCUAUAGGAAAGUGGUGACCAAGCUUUUCCCCGAGUUCCUGAUGGCCCUCAUGCUUCAACUCUUCUACUGCAGCCAGCUUCUAAAAGACACGGCCAAGGACAGACCUCUCUACGUACGAGAUGGCCUGAAGGUUCUGCUGAAUUGCUCUGGACUAGAAGAAGUGCACGAUGCUCUAGAGAAAAAGAAUUUCUGGGACCAGUUUUCUCAAGUCAUGGAUCACCAGUACGGGAUCCAAGUCAUUGCCAAAACUCUCAGUGAAUGUAACUUCCCACAGUUCCCAGAGACCCUACAUUAUGUCUACAAGAUUGCAGUAGAAGGUCCUAGAAGAUCAGAAGACAGUAUCGUCACAAUAAUAUUCUUUGCUGAAUUACUGAACAACUUCUUCAAGGAAUCAUUACCUGAGGAAUUUUUGGUUCUCUUCAGAAACUGGAUUAAUGAUUCCAAUCCUUCAGUUAGCAAAAUGAGCCUUCAGAAAAUCGCAAGCAUGGCACCCGUUUUCAGCAAAAUAGAAAGUGUCUGCAACCUGUUACUCCCAAUCUUGGAUGCUUUUCUCUCCAAAGAGCACACUGUUAUCAUCCGGGCAAUGCUCACUCUCCGAAACAUUUUGAACAAACUGGACAAGGCCAUGUACUCCACAGUGUGUGUCAGGAUCGCUUCCAGCUACUGCCCUCUUAUGGAUCAUGUUAAUGGUUGCAUUCAGUGCAUGGCCAUUCGUCACUUUGGUGAAUUACUUGUGGAUAUGAAUCAAUACAAAUGGAUGCUGAACCAUAUAAUCCUAGGAAGCCUUGUGCCCAUGAUCCUGUUUUUGGAGUCUACAGAAACAAGAAUUGCGAAUGCUUGCAGAUAUACAUUAACUAUCUGUGUCUCACAACUAAAAUGGUCAACAUCAUAUCUGCUCCAAGAGGAAAAUUACAAUUUUGAGUCAGUGGUUCUCAGCAUCUGCAACAACCUUCUUCCCUCUUAUGAGAGUUACAUUACAGACUUAAUAUCUGACACCUUAGGGUUCCUGGGGAGCUCUCGAUACUUUCUGAAAAGAGGAGCCAUUAUAUUAGUAGGGUACUUGGGAAAAUCUGGAGCACAUCUACUACUCAGGGAUGAAGUUGAUGUCAUGAUUGAGGUUAUUGAACGCGUGGCUCGGGAUGAAGAUCCUAUGAACAAGAGGUUGGCAGAAAUAACCCAUAAGCUUUUUAAAGAAAUAGCCUAUCAAAUCGCCUCUUCCACCAUCAAACAAACCUUUCGAAGAUGGGUUAAGAUGUUUCAUACCAAAAAAUUGAAGCCCAUUUAUGACUUGGCCAAUAUUAUUAAGGAAAUUAUGGAAGACUUAGAAGUAAGUGCCGAAGAUAGCCCGGUGGAUCUUGCUAACAAGAAAUCCGAAUAUACCUUUGAAAAUCACGAUUUGUACUUAACCUCAGACCAUGUUUAAGUCCUUUUCUGAGGAAUACUAAAAGUUGUCACCAGCCCUUCUAGUUAUUAAAAUAUAUGAAUCUGAGAAGUCUGCCACCUGUCUGACAAUAAGAAAACCCUUUCUAUGCAGCACUGGAAAUCUAGAUGCAUUCUUACGCUCUCUUGGCCCAGCUGGGCAGACACUGUUUCCAUCCUGUCUUAACAUCCUGGUUGAAAAUUUCUCCCAUUUCCUUUAUCAGAUUGUACCAAAAUCAUUGCCUUCUCUUUUCUUACUGAACAGACUUUUUUUUGAAAGCACGCACCGUAGAACACACAGCACCUGGCAUCUGAUGGAAAAAAAAUAAAACCACUCUGAACACUUGCCAGAUGAGUUCAAUGCAGAUAGAACAUAUCACUUUCAUGCUUUGUGACAUGUGAGUAGUGGUAUGUCAUCGCCACAUACUUGUAAGCGCUACUUAACAGAAAUCAUGGACGGUUGAUUAUUUGACUGGGAAUGGACAGAAACACUAUGUAUUAAUUGUGUCUGAGUUAUUUCCCAUGCAUCUGGCCAUGUAUAAUGCUCAUGGUUAUAUUUUAAUGCCAGGAUUACAAAGGAAGACAAUCUCUGUAAGGGUUGACCAAAGGGCAGAGAGCUUGUGCCAGGCAAUGUGUACUGACAAACAGUCCUGCUAAACUCUCCAGAGCUCUUUCUCCCCAGACAUAGCUGAACAAAAGGUCUGAACUGCAGAAAUUAUUGCUAUAUUAGACAACCAGGUCUAUGAUAUCUAAACUCUAUCUAGAAGAUACUUACAUAACAUGUUUCUUGAGGUUUUUUUAUUUUUACAAAAUUGAAUUCAAAUGAGUAUCAACAGAUGAAUGACAAACUAAAUGUAGAAUUAUCUAAAAUGGAAUAUUGUUAGAUAUUUUUAAAAAUGAAUAAAAUACUAACACACCAGCCUGAAAAUAUUGCAUUACUAAGCGAAAAGAUCACACAUGGCAUGGUUCAUUGUACGUGAAAUAUCAGGAAUACGUAAACCUGUAAGCAACAGACAGGAUGCUAAAGGCAUCCAGAAAUUAUAGAAGGAGGAGAACAGGAAUAAGAACUUGAUAGAUCUCCUUUGAGAGUGUUGGAAAUAUCCUAUAACUGCACAGAGGUGGUUGUUCUCCAACAUCCUAAAUACACUAAGUCCCACUGAAUAUAGAUUGUAAAAUAACUGACUUUGUGUUGUAUAUACCUCGCAUCAACUUUUUAAAGAGUGAUAGAACACAGGCCCACUCUGCCGGAGCCACAGAAAUCCUGACCCUACAUGACUUCCUGACUACACCAGUUACCACCCUGAGCCAGGGUCCUCUCAGGUGAGAGUUGUUUUGGCCUCUUCUGGAACGUGUCCCUCCCUCUCCACGGGUAGUCACGGUCCAAGAGGAUUCUCUCUGGAGCUCCUGGUAUGUGACCUUAGGUGACCUUCGACAAAAAGGAAAACAUUUGCGGGUUGGGUCCUCUCUGUUCAAAGUGUCCUUACAAGGUCCAAGCAAGACCAGCCUGUGGAUAUGUUUUUUU